GGCCGUCCACCAAUGAGCAGCCCGGAUGGGCCAGAGGGACUACAUAUGCAAAGCCUUGCUACAUAUUAAUGAGCUCCAAUCGUGGCUUUAAGUCCUUGAUUAGAAGAGUGCUGGAGCUUUUGGUCCCAACUAGCUGGCUGCUGUGCCUAUAGGCUUGUCACACGGAGGACCACUGUGCCUGAUUGCAGUGCUCUGACAGGAACAGAGAGAGAGAGAGAGAGAGAGAGAGAGAGAGAGAGGAGAGAGAGAGAGAGAGAGAGAGAUCGGAGCGAGAGAGAAGAGAGAGAAGAGAGAGAGGAGGACAGGAGAGGAGGAGGAGAGCAGAAAAAAACUUUGAUUUAUAGAGGAGGCUUUCUCACAUUAUGGUGGCAGUGUGCAGAUGGAUUCCAUAGAGCUUUCCCUUCCUGAGUAUUUCUCCCUACACUCUGAACAAGAAAUGAACUUAUCAAAGGCCCAGGUUAAUAGUGAAGAUAAGUACGGCAAAUGUGGCAGCGCGUGGAGAAUGCAACAGACCUACGACCUCGACGCCACUCACAUGCGUGACGCACAUGCACUUUAUAACCCAAGGCUCCUCUGCAGAAUGUCCAGCAAAGAGCGCCACCUAGAGUCCAACUGCCCGUCCUACAUUAAGACAGAGCCCUCCAGCCCCGCCUCCCUGGCAGACAGCAUCAACCACCACAGCCCUGGGGGUUCCAGCGACGCCAGCGGCUCCUACAGCUCAACCAUGAACGGCCACCAGAACGGCCUGGACUCCCCCACCCUGUACGGGCCUGGUGCCGGACCCUUGGGCCCCGCGGGGGCCUCCAAGCGCUACGAGGACUGCUCCAGCACCAUCGGGGAGGACUCGCAGAUCAAGUGCGAGUACAUGUUGAACUCCAUGCCGAAGCGGCUGUGCCUGGUGUGUGGCGACAUCGCCUCGGGCUACCACUACGGCGUGGCCUCCUGCGAAGCCUGCAAGGCCUUCUUCAAGAGGACCAUCCAAGGGAACAUUGAGUACAGCUGCCCUGCCACCAACGAGUGUGAGAUCACCAAGAGGAGACGCAAGUCCUGCCAAGCCUGUCGCUUCAUGAAGUGUCUAAACGUCGGCAUGAUGAGAGAAGGUGUGCGUCUGGACAGGGUGCGUGGGGGCAGACAGAAGUACAAGCGCCGGAUAGACGCUGAGAACAGCCCUUACCUCAACCCUCAACUGGCCCUGCCUGCCAAAAAGCCAUUUCCCUUUGGCUGCCUUGCAGAUAACAAAAUCGUGUCCCACCUGCUGGUGGCCGAGCCUGAGAAGAUCUACGCCAUGCCUGACCCUACCGUCCCCGACAGUGACAUCAAGGCCCUGACCACGCUGUGUGACCUAGCUGACCGCGAGCUGGUGGUCAACAUCGGCUGGGCCAAACACAUCCCAGGUUUCUCCACACUGUCGCUGGCAGACCAGAUGAGUCUACUGCAGAGUGCGUGGAUGGAGAUUCUGAUCCUGCGUGUGGUGUACCGCUCGCUGUCCUUCGAGGACAAGCUGGUGUAUGCUGAGGACUACAUCAUGGACGAGGACCAGUCCAAGUUGGCAGGUCUUCUUGAUCUCAACAACGCCAUACUGCAACUGGUGAAGAAAUACAAAGCCAUGAAGCUGGAGAAGGAAGAGUUUGUCACUCUCAAGGCUAUCGCUCUGGCUAACUCAGACUCCAUGCACAUAGAGGACGUGGAGGCGGUGCAGAAGCUCCAGGACGUGCUCCAUGAGGCCCUGCAGGACUACGAGGCGGGCCAGCACCCAGAGGACCCUCGUCGGGCAGGCAAGCUGCUGAUGACCCUGCCUCUGCUCCGCCAGACCUCCACCAAGGCCGUGCAGCACUUCUACAGCAUCAAGCAGGACGGCAAGGUCCCCAUGCACAAACUCUUCCUGGAACUGCUGGAGGCCAAGGUCUGAUUGGCUAACCACGUCAACAACCCCCAAUAUGUCAGUCUGUCAGUCGCACCCAGCCUCCUCCCAUUGACCCCCCCCCCUCCCGUAACCCCACAUGACCCCUGAACCUCCCAAACCGCCACCCACUGAGAGGGAUGGGCGGGACUAACCUCUGAACUUUAACCCCUGACCUCUGUGCAUAAGGGAAGACACUGACACUGAGACGAGACCUCUGCUAGAGGGCCGUAUGUGUAUAGAUUAUAGACAAGUCAUAAACCAGUUACAAAAACAACGGCCCUGUAAACUAUUGACUAUCAACCACAAGUCACUUAUACAUAUAAGAAUGAUUAACGAUGUGAUUAUUGACUAUUGACUGAUGAAAAUGUUUAAACGAGGAAUUUAAAAAAGAAAAGAAGAGAGACUGCUCUGCUUGUGUCAGCAGCAGAGACUGUAAAGCUUUCUCAACUUCUUCUCAGUUUCCCAACAGUUUUUACAGGAUGUGCUGUUGAAGAAAACGUUUGAAAAUGAACAAAGACUUUUUGUUGAUGAUUUUCAUGAAGAAAUGUGUAACGGAGAAGAGAAGAGUGGAAAGGAGGAGAGGAGACUUGCCCUGCCAAAGGAUGGAGAUCCAUUCAGUGGAUGCCAGCAAACUUUACUAUCAGCCCCUGACACCUCCGGUUACUCCUAAUAUCUUCUGAUACACCCCCCUUCCCCAAAAUACCUGGUGCCCCCAGUACCCCACCCCAAGUAUUUACCUCUUACUGCAGUCUGGCCUGCUUAACUACACUAUUAUAACACACACACACACACACACACACACACACACACACACACACACACACACACACACACACACACACACACACACACGCACACACACACACACAGUCUUGUACAGCUAACCUUGUGGGGGCACACACUGCAGUCCCAUUCAAAUUCCUAACCCUAGUUUCUAACCCUAACACUAAUUCUAACAUUAACCCUAAACCCCCUAGAAAUAGCAUUUGACCUCGUGGGGACUAACAAAAUGUCCCCAGUUGCUCAGAUUUUGGUCCAUUUACGCUUCUUGUGGGGACUUCUGGUCCCCACAAGAAUAGUUAGACACGUCCACACAUACAACACACACACAGUCCCCAAUUUGCCAGCCUAAUAACAGAUCGUUGUCAUCACCCCCAUGCCUUCCCUUUGGGUUUGUCCAUUUGAAUCACUUACAGCAGUUAGACUCCCUCGUUGCCCUUUUCGGUUAAGUCUUCCAGAGGGUUUCGCAGACAUGAUGUAGUGGCUUGAUGAUUGUUGUUACUUUUUGAGGGAGACGGGGAAGCUUUAGUCACUCAUGCAAUAUGGACGAGAGGUGCAGGGGCGCUGAAGGGACACAUAUUUAUGGUUGUUUUUCAACUUGUUUGGUCUUAUUUUUAUCGAAAUGAAUAUAAGGGUGUAAAUAUAUGAUCCGGUCAUCAUAUAUGGUCUACAUAAUUCUUUUGUUUUGUUUAUAUUGUGUUAAUAAGAAAGCAAUCAGUAUAUGUGUUUUUCUAUCAGCUUUACCACUUUCAGCAAUUCUAUACGGAUAUAUAUAUGGAUCGACUCUUAUCUUCUCUAAGCAAUAGUCAUUUAAAAGGAGGGUGCAUAUUAACAUGUAUGCAGUUCAUGUUGGUGCCAGUCUUCGUUGCGGGGGAUGUUAGCAUUUCUACCAGGUGUAGCUUCUCUCUGUGUGCUUGCCAUAGGCUAUUAGAUGACAUAGUCCUAGAAUCCAGCUAACCCAAGGCUAGGGAGGCACCAUGAAUGUGCAGGCAAGCAGGUAACUCAUGCAUUUGACUCUUAAGACCGCCAUUGUACCAAGAACAGUAAUCUGUAGCCGAGAUAUAAUACUAGACUAGCACUUAGGAAAGCUUUUAACAGCGGUGGGCUCAUAGGAAGGAAUGAGGUUGGGAUUUGGUCCAGGGUUUUUGUACGCAGAUUAAGAACGCCAAUAUCCAUAAUCUAGAUUAUGAUGUACUCUAUUAUAAAAUGGUAACUGGUUCCAGUUGAGAAGCUAAACGAUAAGUCAAGUAACCUACGUCACUCUCUGUAACAGAUGUGUCAGUAUUAUUAGUAAGGGGUAUUUUCUGAACCUUCUUAACCAUUGUAUAUUGUAAAUGAACAGAUUAUAAUUCUAACCUAAGACAUUUUAUUGGAACAAAACACAAAAAAACACAAAAAUACAAAAACAGAAAAAUGUAGUUCAGCCUCUCAGUGUUUCAUGUUUGCUGUGCUUUUCUGAAAAAACGUUCCCUUUUGUUGUUUUCUUUUAGUUUCGUUUUUUUUUCUUCUUCCCCUUCCCUUUCUUUUCCCUCCGUUGCGUUCGACGACAUCGUCGUGUACUUUCUCGUGGUGGUUCUAGUUCUCGUGCCGUGCGCUUUUUUUCAUUUUAGACACAGGGUAGAAGUAGAGACAACGGUGGAUGUACCGGUCCUCAGGAGAUAAGGGGCGGCGUGUUCUCACAUACCUGCCAAUUUACCAGGAAACAAGGCUCUUCUUCCUAGCUAGUUCUGCUAGAUCAACUGAUCCAACAACAACAUCAUCAUCAUCAUCAUAAUAACCUGUACUGACUUAGAAGAGAAUAACAAGUAUCUAAAGGAAGAAACAAAGUAUAUAAAAAGGGAUCAUUUGUGUAACUUUUUCUUGUAGAAUAACAAUGUAUAUCUUAGGUUUAAAUAAAUAAAAAAUAAAAAAGACAUUUGAGCAUUUCCCGAACGAUAGAUACAUUUUUUUGAUAACUCGCUGUACAUACUGCCUUCCUUCCAUUUAGAAACAGCCGCGUUGUAACAUUAUCUAACCUCUGAGGUUGCAAAGGACAAAAAAAAUAAAUAAAUACAAAAAAAAAACGUUUUUUAUUUUUGGAGUUCAACUCGUUUCCAAAACUCUCGCUUUAACUUUGUGUGCUUAUUAAAAAUAAAAAAUAAAAAAUAAAGAUUACAAUGUUGUUAUUUUCUAGGACUAAUGGGGCGGGGGUGGGGGGUGGGUGGUGGUUCUGUUUCUAAUUCAUUUAUCUUCUUCCUUGGUCUUGUUUGUUAACUACCGUGUAUGUAUCAUUGGCUAAACAUAAAGAGACCAUGGUUUGGAGAAAGUACUUCACUGAAAGUUGAAAUUCAGGCUUCAAUUCAAUCAAUGGCAGACUGUGAAUGUUAAAGCUGCAUUUUAAAGACAGGUGUGGUUUUAUGUCAAUAUCUAACGGCAAUAUUUUAUGCGAGAGCAGCUUGCUUGGUGAGGCAAUUUUAGCACGGUUACACCUCAGAUACCGUGUGAAACCGCAAUGUGGUUUUACUUGAUCUGCAGUUCAUUGAAUUGCGGCCUGAAUUCUCUACAGCCGCUGAUGAGUGAGACAAUAAUGUCAAAGCUCUUUUUGCGAAAGGUGUUGGCUCGUCUAUCAUUUCCAUACUGUUUUCUUUUUCCCUGUCGGCUUCUGUUUUUAGUUGCUGUCUCUGUCUAACUGUUUUCCCAUGUUCAAACCGAUCCUAUGUACUGGCCUAUAAAAGGAGCUGAAAGAGUACACAACAGUCUCUCAGAGGUGAUUUAAGCUGAGCUGAAUUGGACAUUUAAAUAGCUGAUGGCAAACCAUGAAAAUAACAAAAUAAUAAUAAUCACAGCCUUUUCAGAGAAUAAGGUCAAAGGCAAAUUUGACAACAUGUCUCAAGACAUAGUUAAGCUGAUUAGCCACGCAUCAUUGACUAUUCAAUAUUCUUAGUUAACAUAAAAAAUGACCAUAACAACACGUGACAAUUCUCACUACGAAACUGCUUGUGUGUAGAUUGUUACACAUAUUUCUAGCGGCUUAAAUCAUGCUGAGGUUUUGCUAUGCAUAUUUCAACACCUUCUAUGGAUCAUAUUGAAGAGAGAGAGAGAGAGAGAGAGAGAGGAGAGUAAUUUAGCCAUAACGAACGAGGACGUUUAUUCUCCCAACGUGAUUUUGUUAUUUAAAGCAAUAUGACUGUGCAACAGACAGACGGUCGGACAGACGUUGCACUUUGUGUUUGAAUUUGAUCAAAAUGCUGUAUCUAUUGGACUAUUUUGCAAUUAAACGGUACGAAAUAAGGAAGUGAACAUGUACAAACAACUGCUAUAUUUUAUGAGAAGCGAAGGAGGAGAAUCGUGAGUGUUAGUCACGUAUGUAUUUAUGCCGAGGUGUGGCCUAAAUACCACUUGUGUGCUCGGGUUCUAACCUGGCAGUUUGACAUGCAAAUGUAUGAAAAAGAAACAGGGGGGGGGGGGGGGGUAAAGAAAGACAGAAAAACAUGAAACAAUUAUAUAUGAUUCACAUUAUGAAAAAAAGAAUAAGAUGAAUCUUCCGACCAGGAGUUGCUGGGACACCGUGUAGUGAGAAACAUGUCCGUGGUUGUAGAUGUGCUUCACAUCAGUUAACGAUUACCUGUAUAUUUUUGUGACGUGUGUAUCAUACAGCGUGCUCCAACAAUAUGUCCAUUUGUGUAAAUGUAUUUAUUUUACAUUGUAUAUAUUGUCCAAUGCAAAAAAGAGAGACCUACGAUUCUGUAACUACGAUCGGUUCAGAUGUGUUACUCCAAUCAUGCCUUUCAGGAUAACGGUAGAGCAAUAUUAAAACAUGCUUCCAGGUUUGACCUCC